GCAAUUAAAGGUGAGAUCAUUGGAAGCAGCAAUGCUGUCUUGGAUGUACACUCAUUUCUUUUGAUUGCUCUUUGCCACUUCUUGGAGCUUCAACUAGCUGAAGGAAAUACACGAGAGGUCAUCAAUGUUCUCUAUAGGUAAGGGUUGAGAAAUGAAAUUAUUAUUAUUGUUCUAAAUAAUAGCUGUCAUUAAGACACGCUUUUAGAUGAAUCAAGUGAAGACUAAUUUUGGCCCAAAAUUUGAUUGAACACCAAACUUAUAUCUAGAUGAUUUAUCUGUCUCUGACAGAUAAUAAAUCAAUCUACGACAAAUGAUUCUUCUCUAACAUAAAUGUGGCCAGUGUGUACAUAAGCCUUGUAAAAAACACACUGUAACCUUAAUGCUGUGAUAAAGUUGUCCCCACAGUAAAUUUACUGCUACUUACAGUGUAGAUCUGAAAGUGUCAUUUACAUUGCUUUGAGCCUUGGUUGUGUGUGUAACCAGUGAAGUUUGGUCUUCUUGCACCCAGGACAUGUUUGCAAAAAUUGGCAACAAAGCUUGGAAUAGUGUUUGUUGUCAUUGACCUCUCUUCCCAUAUUUUGGAACAGUUCCCAGGAGCUGACUUUAACGUCACGUGCCAGUGAAUAGCCCACGUUCAAUAUUAAAUUGAUGUAAUGACUCUUAAGCUUUCUGGUCAUGUUUCUAUAUUUGUUUGGUUUUCUUUGUGCUCAAGUCCCUUCUGGGAAUUGCGAGACAGUGGAGUCGUAAAAAAUUUGCUAUUUUCUCCUCAAAGUCAUGUUUAUAUAAUUCUAAUACAUCAAACGUGGGCUUGUGUUGUUAAGGCUGUCACUAAGAUUUUAAGUCACUAGGUAUAUGCCAUUAGUACAUAUGUAGGUGGGAAAUUUAUUAGCUCUAAGAUAUUCUUUUUGUAUUUACAUUAUAUAGUUUUUUGUUUCCCAUGAAAGUACAUGUAGCCGGGAAUCAAAGUUUUGAUUGUCAUACUCGCUGUAGCCGAGUGAAAUCCCCAGCCCCUGGCCCCUAGUGACAGCUGUGAUCAGGCUCAUCAUCUCCUUAGUUUAAAUGCUUUUAAUAUUUUUCAGGCUGGAUCAUUGUGUGUUCAUGGCACAUAAGCAUAAAAUUCGUCAAACACCAGGCCGCUCCAGUGGA